CCCGGGCCCCGGUAUAAAGCGGCGGCCGCGCCCGGCCCGCUCCGGCCCCAUGGAGACGCAGCGGCGGCAGCCCGGUCCGGGGCGUGAGGCGAGGCCGGGAGUCCCCCGCGGGGAGCCAUGAGCGCGGGCAGCGUGUCCGCCGCGCCGGGCUGGGCUGAGGCGCUGCCGGCAGCCGGGCCGCCGGCCGCCCGGCCCGCGGAGAGGAUGAGCGGCGGAGAGGCGGGCGGGAGCCGCUGCCCCGGGCCGGGCGGGCCGUCCGGCGAGGCGGCGGGGAGCCGCGGGCCGGAGCCCUGCGACAGCGCCGAGAUGCAGCUGAAGGUGGACUUCUUCCGUAAGCUGGGCUACUCCUCCGAGGAGAUCCACGUCGUGCUGCAGAAGCUCGGCCUGAACGCCGACACCAACACGGUGCUGGGGGAGCUGGUGAAGCACGGCCCGGCCGAGCGGGAGCACGCCGAGGCCCCGCCCGAGGCCGCGGAGGCGCCGCUGGUCCCGCGGGGAGGGGUCGCCAACAAGACCCCGGCGCCCGCCGCGGCCCCGGAGGAGACCGAGAGCGACAAUCUGAAGCCCAUCGUGAUCGAUGGCAGCAACGUCGCCAUGAGCCAUGGAAAUAAAGAAGUGUUCUCCUGCAGAGGCAUCCUUCUGGCUGUCCAGUGGUUCUGGGACAGGGGACACAAGGAUAUUACAGUCUUUGUGCCAUCUUGGAGGAAGGAGCAGCCACGACCAGAUGUGCUUAUAACAGACCAGUACAUUCUCCGUGACCUUGAGAAGAAGAAAAUCCUGGUGUUCACCCCUUCCAGGAGGGUCGGAGGCAAACGUGUGGUGUGCUACGACGACAGGUUCAUCGUGAAGCUGGCCCACGAGUCUGAUGGCAUCGUGGUGUCCAAUGACACUUACAGGGACCUGCAGAACGAGAGGCCUGAGUGGAAGAAAUUCAUCGAGGAGCGGCUGCUGAUGUAUUCCUUUGUCAAUGACAAGUUUAUGCCUCCAGAUGAUCCCUUGGGGAGACAUGGACCCAGCCUGGAUAACUUCCUCAGGAAGAAACCUGUGGUGCCAGAGCACAAGAAGCAGCAGUGCCCUUAUGGGAAGAAAUGCACUUAUGGAAUUAAGUGUAAGUUCUACCACCCUGAAAGGAUUAAUCAGCCCCAGCGCUCGUUAGCUGAUGAACUCCGAGCCAAUGCCAGGUUGUCUCCUACCAGAAGUACCGGUGCCAAGGAGGAGAAAAAGGGCAAAAGAGGUUCCCAGCCAGAGCUCUCGUGCUCUGUGCCCACAGAGAGUGAUAAAAGCUCUUUGCAGAAGGUCUCUGCAGAGAGGAAAAGCUUGACUCACAAAGCAAAGCCCAGCGAUGUUCCGCUUCACGUCAAAGGCUGCGUGUCGGGCGCUGUACCUCCGCCCAGUGGGAGCCACAGGUCCUCUGACAAGUACCAGCAGCCACACAUGGACUCUCUGUCUUAUAUCUCUCAGGAGCAUCUCGACUCAGGCAUUGGGUCUCUGGAGAACCAGCUGGAGAACAUGUGGCCUUACAGAGCUCCCAGUCACUGUGACCAUUCCCGUGUGGAUCAGGUGUCCGUCUGCACCUGCGGCCGCCAGAGACCCCUCUACUCCCAUUCCCCCAGCUUAGAACAGAACGGUCUGGUCUCUUACAAGCUUGGCUCCCACAAAUCAUCUUCCUCUGGUGCUGGCUUUUUGCCAUACAGCCCUGAGAUGUCUCCCUCAGGACCACCUCCCUCCUUCCCAGGCUACGGCGUGCCCAUGGGCAGCACCGGGCAGUACAGCCUGCCCAGCGAGUUCAGCGCCCCCGCGCCACCCCGCGCCCGCGAGUACUGGUCUGAGCCCUACCAGCUGCCAGCACCUCCCUUGAGAGCUGCCCCUGCACGAGACCCUCACUCAGUGCAGAGGAGCCCAGGGGCAGCCUAUGGGGACUCCUGCCAGUGGGCUGUGCCUGACCAGUUUGCUGAGGAGCGGGCCAAUGUGCACGUCAAGCUCUGUGGCAUAUUCCAUCCCCAUUUAGUCGAUGCUGUGAUGAGCCGCUUCCCUCGGCUCCUGGAUCCCCAGAGGCUCGCUGCAGAGAUACUGACCUACAAGUCUCAGAAUCCAGGUAUCUGAGGCAGGUGCCAAGGGGGCAGCCAGGCAUGUGAAGAGCUCGAGGGAUGGUGUGUGCCACAGGUGCCUUCUGAGGGCUGCUCCUUAUUCCCUGGAAGUACCAGGCUCCAGUUGGAGGCUGGAUACCACAUGUGGUAUGCUCUGGUGUGAGGCAAGAGCACUCUGGGGCUCCUUUUUUUCCCCAGAGGCUGUUGAGGUGCUGAACAGAAGCAGCAGCUUCAGAGCAAGGCUUUGGGAUUGUGUGGUGUCAGACACACCCUAAAUCCCUGCAGUUAGAACUGCCUAUGUCUGACCUCCCAGGAGCUUUGGCUUUGGGGAGACCCUGCUGUAUAGUCGGGCAUAGGGAGGGAGGACUUGGGAGCUUGUGGAAGAUGAGGGCACUACCUCUGCAGUGCCAGGAGACCUAUCUGUGGAGGCUGGAAUGCAAUUCUUAGCUCUUAACUGAAGCCUCUGCACCAAGUCCUACCAUGCAGGUCUGUGGAAAAUGUUGGCUUAGAAGUCUAGAAUGAAAGUCUAGCUGACUUUUAACUUGGUUUUAUAGGUGCCCUUCUCUAGUGAUGCUUCCCAUGACCCUCCCAGCCCAGCACACCUUCCUGAGAUGAGGUCACUCCCCAGCCUGUACCACAAGUGCUUAGUAAGCUGCUCAGCUCCCAGAAAUGAGAGGAGCUGGGUGUGCAACCCUCUCAGGACACUGACCCUGCUCCAAAGCUGCACGUGAGCUGUGUUUUGGCACUUGCUGCAAAGUGCAGCUGUUGAAAGAGAGAGGUGGCCACAGUGUUGGUGCCGCUCAGAAGCGUUGCCUUGGCCUGGUGACCUCUCCCAGGCUCUGUACAGCACUGGCAGGAGUACCUAUGAUCUUGUGCCUUUUGUCUUCAGACAGCAAUAGCUUUAAGCAUUCAUUAGAACAGCUGUAGUCACUGCUGCCAGUGCUGUUCCUGAGGAUGCUCAGGUAUAUUUCUCUCUAAAGCUGUUGCUUCACCUCCCUCCUUAACCAAUGUUUUCCUGUCCCAUUCAGCUCUGUCAAACCCCAGCAGCAUCCAAAAAUGUAAACUAAGACUUACUUGGUAAGACUGUUCCCCUUUCAUUGCCUCUCACUCUGUAAGAGAGUGGGGUGGUGGGUUGUUUUUUUACUGUAGAUACUGUAACAGAUUUGAAAUAGACAAACCCAGUUGCUGUAGGAAUUGGUUCUGGUCCUGGAACGUCACUGUGCUUAGGAUGCCAAGGUGUUUCUUGCACUCCCAGGCCAGAAGCAGUUGAUUUGUUGAUACACAUUGUAUCUGUGUGUGUGUUAUGGUAUUUUAAAUAUGUCCAUCUUGUGGUUAAACCAAGGUCCUUGAGUGGCAGAUCCUGAAGGGGGGGAGAAGUGGAAUAGAGCUGUUUGAGAGCCCUUCUCAGGGAGGGGUUUGUCUGUCACUGCUUUUUUCCCCUCCAUGGAGUGACCUUCCCAGACUGGCACCAUGUGCCAUGAAAACCACAGGGACACAGAAACCUGUAUACCUGGUUAAUUAUGAUACAUUACAAACUAGUAAUGUUUCAUGUUAGUAAGCAAAAUGCUUCUUAAUUUUUAAGUAACCUGAUACUUUGCAUGGUUGUGAGUUAACAGGAGGGGGAAUAAAAAGAGAUGGGGUGUAAUGUUCUUGUCCAGCAACUUGCUGCCUGCUGCUGGUUUUAAUGAGCACCAUUCUUGACUCAGCCAUUGUGUUACUUGGCAUAGUGUGUCUUGGUUUGGUUUGCUUUCCUGGUGGAAUGCUGAUGUGUGCUUCUUCCCUUGCAAUCAGAAGGUUAUUUCACACUCACGAGCUGACAUUUUGCUGAACCCUGUCUCGUUCUGCAGUUCAUGGCCUGAGAGGAGGUGGCUGUGUGAAAGGAAGAGCUUCUGUGCUAUAAAUAAAAACUGCUGAGUUGAAGGAUUUGGUCUCUGGGGGGUUCUU